GCUGCUUCUCUUUCAAGUCACUGAGGUCAUCCUAGGACUGCUCGUCCUCAUGUCCGUUAUUGACACGGUUUCCAUCGUGCAAAAAUGAACUCAACAUCGCUAUGGGUCUUCUGGUUUCUUCACUCUGUGCUGGCGUAUGCUCUGAAUAUACCGCCGCAAGAUGCCCAGUCGGUGUUAGAGGGCACGGCAGUAGCGUCGCAUGCGUUGCUUAAGUCAUUCGUAGUGGGCGACCAACCUCGGGACAUUGAUGGCCUUCUGAACAUUGCAGAGGAAGCGGAUGUGGAUGUCUGGCGGAUCACUCCGUCUCACGUAGAUGUCUACUUCCCCAGUGUCACACACUAUCUCUCUUCUCCAUUUAAUGGCGCCGAUAUACCACACAAAACGACAGAAUUCCCUUUAUCUGCGCUCUCUCCGCCUACUGAGCAGCCCCAUCCCAAGUCUUGGAACCUCACAUCGCUAUCGAACACCACAUUCCAUUCAGUCUAUCACCCACUCGAUGAAAUCGAAGACUUCGUACAGGCGAUGGUCGCCCUCUACCCAGACUAUGUGCAACUAGUCAACAUCGGUCAUUCCGCUGAGGGCAGAGAGAUGUUUGCAAUGAAGAUCUCGAAGGGUCAGAAGGCCAACUUCAAAAGUAAGUCUGGAUUCGUUGUCACAGGCGCUCAACAUGCUCGGGAGUGGAUAGCAACGUCCACGGCGCUAUAUCUGGCUCAUUCCCUGGUCUCGAGUGCGUCUGAGCCUUACGCAAUAGCAUCACUAUUGGAUAAUUACCAUUUCUAUAUCAUCCCGGUACCCAAUCCGGAUGGUUACGUCUAUACCUGGGUCACCGAUAGGCUUUGGUAUAAAAACCGCCAGAUACUAGGACCGAAUGAGAAAUGUGUGGGGUUGGACAUGAAUAGGAAUUGGGGCCACAAAUGGAAAGCACGUGCAGACUUCCCCACCGCCCAGAAGAAACCCACGACCCCGACCGACCCAUGCACGCCGUGGUAUCCGGGCCACCGUGCCUUUGAGUCACCCGAGGUGAACAACAUUGCGAACUACAUUACGACGCUCCCGUCGCUGAAGGCGUAUAUUGACCUUCGGAGCUAUGGGCAAAUGAUAUCGACGCCGUUCGCAUAUUCGUGCAAGAAAAUCCCAAAGGACGCAGAAGACCAGAUCGAGGCCGCGCUUGGCGCUGCAAGGGCGAUCAAGCAGGUACAUGGGACAUCGUUCACGAUUGGCAGCCUCUGCUCCUCAUUGUACAAGGCACCAGGUAACGUUGUCGACUGGAUGUAUGCCAAGGCCGGCAUCAAGUUCUCCUACGCUGUGCACCUGCGAGACACCGGCACAUAUGGCUUCGCCCUUCCGCCUGAGUGGAUCAGGCCGGUCGGCGAAGAGACGGCCAAAAUGAUCGAGUUCCUUGCUCGGUUCACCACUCCGGGCAAAUUUAAGUAGCGUAUAGCACCUGCGUGUUGAUGCAUUCUUCCGCACAGCGCAAGCUGGACGAUGCCGCGAGUUCGCAUGUUUUCUUAUGCUCUGAUCGCUGCUACUUGUUGCUUGUAAUGUACGUGCUUGUUAUAUGGUGAUACUAGCCGAAUGUAUGAUUUGCGAGGGCUUCGUUGCGCAUAGCCAGGCAGG